CGCGCACGUACGUAGGCCUAAACGCUUCUACAGUGCGCUUGCAUGAAGACUUCCUCGCGCACACACGCUCACGCGUACUUGUAGGCCUAACAUGUAUGCGGUCUCGUAUAUCAAACUCGAACGUUCCAAACUAAAAACCCGCAUAAGCUUAGCAACAUGCUAAUCAGCCAUGAGGCAGAUGCUGGGCAGGUGCGUUGAUAUAUUUGGUCAGGAUAACAACUGAUUCUUACUACGACUACUAAACAAACUGCAUAGACCGCACAUUACUACCAUCAUGAGAUCUCAUUCACUCCUGCUACCAAUCCUAAGUCAACCAUGGAUAUCUCUCUAUAUAUACAGUGUGUAUUGUAGAUAUCAAGAGCGUAUAAAGAAGGAACUUCAUAUCCUUCUUUAUACGCUAGUGUAGAUAUCUAUAAUUAUAGCUACCAGCCGACCACUAUACCAGCAUGAUUUCUAGCACUAACCCAAUUUAUUCAUGCGCAUUCUGGUUCAUGGCGUGGGUACCAGUAGAGUUGCAAUACUCAAAUGUGCGUGCUGCCCAUGCGAGUACCAUAAUGGUGUGAAUGGCUGCUGGAAAGUGGCAACAGGUGGGGAGUUUCGUGUGCAGUAUCAUUCAGAGUACGGGUAGAUAUCGCAGACGAGUACAUUUUUACAGUUGUGUUACUGUUUGUCUGUUUAUCUAACGACUAGGAUCUUAGUAAUAGUAGUGCGAAACAUGUUUUCGGUGUGACAACGAUUAAAUGCUAUUCUUGCCUGAAAAUUGCUUUCACAAUUUUCACAUCCUUUGCUCUAAUGUCUGGUGAUAUAUUGUGGAUUUCCAACUGUCAGUCUGGCUAAAAUUUUCAGCCUGCUUGCAACAAGCUGUGACAGGAAAUGCAAGCUAAAUACAGUGGUUCAACUAUCAGGAAGCACAGCCUGGAAAUUCCGAGUGGUUUUCCUGUUGGGUGCAUGUAUCGUGUAGCAGGUGUGAUCUGAAGUAUCCUGUCUGAGUGGGCUGUCUGCGUGUUGAGUUGAGCCAGUGCAUGAGGGCGGCAUAGACUUCAUCAUUGAGUAUGAAUUACAUUGAAUGAAUGCAGGAUGAUGGUCAGUCUGGCACAACCGAGUGGCUACUUAGUGGUAACUUCGCCGAAGAUAGAGAAACACCCAACGUGGAAUCACAGGACUUGUUUUUAGUCGUGGAUUCGUCCGUGAAACAGUUGCCGGGGUAUAAGCAGCAUAUUGGCCUCUGAACGCUGGCUUCUUUUGUCGGUGAGGCACGACUUAAAUUAAAAUUGUGGUUGGUGUCUCGGCCGUGUAACAAGAGGGCUGUUGACGUGUUGUCCACGUAGCAAACGAAGUGAGAGUGCAUUUGGUGGGGUCGCCUCUUGCAGGUGGCACUAGUGUUGGUGCAAUGUACGAGGGUGUGGUGAGCAUGCGCGGCGCGCUGCGUACGAGCACCUUCUUGCUGUCCGUGCUCAGCGCUGGCGAAGCGGUACUCAUCCCAUUCCUGCCACUCUUCUUUGGCUACCUCGGCUUCACAGCGCCACAGACCGGUGUGCUGCUUGCCGCAAGGGCACUGUGCGGCCUCAUUGCCGUUGCCACCAUCGCCGCUUGGGAGGCAGGGCGGGGCGGGCGUCACCACGGCAACGCACUCGUGCCGGCCACUAUCUUCCUCACGGCGGUCGGCUUCUGUGUGCUGGGCCUGAUCCCUCCACAAGACGUAGAUGGUGCCGCUGCCUUCUGCGAAAACUCCAGGCCACUACUAGGUAGUGCUUCUCAAGAUGGAGUGCUCAUCUUGCACCAGGCUACUGGUGUGGCAUUGAACAACAGCACCCAGCUAAAAGAGGAAACGGCUCAUACAGACGAGAUCAGCAUCACAUCUCCCGUUACUCUGAAGCAAGCUUUAUCUGUGACUGUGAGCAAUGAUCUCAAUAGUGACAAGGUAGUGUUAACUUCAUCUGGUGUGUCUCAGUUAGCAACAGAGAGCCACCAGCAUGCAACGGAACAGCAGAAGAGUGAGAAUGCAUAUAAGGAGACUUCAUUCGUAGGUGUAACAGGCUUUGAACCAGGUUUGCCGUCACAUGCAGCACAUGAUACUGCUGAAAGCAUAAAUCAAAGCACAAAGCAACCCAAAGCCGAGACACUAGCUGCUGGAAUAGCCAUUCAAACGAUUCCCAAACAAAGCUUUCCUCUGUCGGAUGAAGUCACUAAAACGUUAAAUGUGAACGACAUUGUAACAACAGAGUGGAUGGCAAGAUCUACUGAUUUUAGAACGACAGUAGAAGUCAUACAAAAGUCAAUGAAGAAUGACAUUGGAAGAGAAUUUCUUUUAAAAACAGAAGCGGUUGGAGAAACAAAGGAAAUGCAAGAUACAAGUCCAAAGGCAGCUAUGAUGACGGAACCAGUAACCAUCACAUCAAAGUACACAGAACUGAUUUCACCGGAAGAUAAAAUUCAGCAAGCCAAAUUCCAGCAGUUAGGCAGCGCUUUAAAUGUAGAUACAUUAGAAAAGACACCAGUGCCUACAUUUUCAACUCUGGCACAAAACUACCAUAGUGAUGUUGUUACUGCAUUGAUGAAGAUGCAGACUGAAAGAUUAACAAGCACGUGGGGGAAAACGCCAUUGGCUUUGCAGACUACAGCUCAGAGAACUGGAGAAAACCAAUCAUCAGCUGCAAUUACAGUAGACAGAAUCACAUCCGUACCCAUGGUUGCGACACGUGUACAUGUAGUACACCCAGACGUUCCCAUGACAACCAGCGGAACCACUUCGAGUCAUAGUACCAAGAAGGUAGCUAGCACAACCCAGCCCCUCCCGACUGGCACAGUGGCAGUAGUGAGAGUCACCACGCAGGGGCAGGCUAUGUCCACCCAGCAGGACGUGUCACAGCUUGAUAGACUGACCCAAGCAGAACGGGGUGAUUCUUUCACAGAGAUACAGUCAGACGUUAGUAGAAUUGGAGUGCCCAGUGCGACGAGCAUUAGUAUGAGCGAUGCUGGGGAUUCAGGGAACAGCGUUCCUUCAAUCAGCAUUCCUCCGGAAGAGGGAAUGGCAACUACCCCACAUCCACGUGUAAUUCUAAAGCCUAACAAGAAGUGGCAGGAGUGGGACAGCAGCGACUGGAACUGGGAUCUGUUAAGCAAUGACGAAGACGAAGAUGAAGACAACAAUGAUGAUGGUGAUGACAAUGAGAACAAUGAAAACAAAAGUGGUUUGAGCACCCGCUACAGUCCCACCGAACUUUCAGAGAGACAGAGCACAUCACCAGCGGAUCGCCGCCAGGGGAAGGUUAACACGCUGCCACCACCCAUGGAUAUCUUUACCCGCCACAAGUAUCACCACUCUGGAAAUUCACGUGCAGAAGGAGAGAGCGACGGCCUGAACAAACACGGGUGGGACCUGUCCACGCCACUUAGUGUAUCUGGUCAGGCUCGUUCCCGAGUAGAUUCCGGGUGGGACACGACGACACCGCCGCCCCGAUUGGGUCCGGAGCGGUCCCGGUACUGGUGGCGGGAGACGACGACGACAACACCGCCGCCCCGAUUGGGUCCGGAGCUGUCCCGGUACUGGUGGCGGGAGACGACGACAACACUGCCGCCCCGAUUGGGUCCGGAGCGGUCCCGGUACUGGUGGCGGAAAACGACGACGCCCCCAGCUAAGGAGAAGUCCCAACACUGGUGGCAGUCAUCGAGCGGUGACAGCGACAGCCAUCGUCAAAUGGGUGGGCGCGUCGUGGACGCUUGGCGAAGCAGCGCCGUAGGGGACGGGGAGGAGCAAGAUGGGCUGGAAGUGUCAGCCAUCGACGCGUGGAACCACGAUCAGCCUUCCGCGCCAACCCUGCAACCCUCGCAUCGGUGGAGCGGCAGCAGCCGCAGCCAGUCGUUGAGGCAACAGGGGUCGGACAUGCGGUCGAGGCAUGGAGGGGAGGCAGGCGACUCAGACCAUGGCUCGUGGAGGCAGCAGGGUGAGGAGAUGUGGCCUGCGACGACCGCGUCCUCUGGCUGGUUCAGGGACAGGCGGUACAAGACUGGACGGAAGAAACGCGACGCGGCUGAGGUUAGCAUCGUUGCUAGCGGCGACCCGAAGACAAGUAAUGCGGUCGCAGAUGCUGCGAUGGUGGCUCCGCGUCACGAGUUUGUCGAGCGUCUGGCCGGGGGUCACGUGGACGUACUCGUGGUGACGGCGCACGAGUUCGUCACUCGAUGGAGCUUCAUCGCCGCACUACUGUCACUCGGCUUUGGCUCGCUCUUCCUCGCUCCUGUCCGAGGCAUCCUCAAAGAGAGCCUCUACCGUCACCUCGACGAUAGAGACUGCGUUGAACAGUACCGUGCACACCGUGUCUGGUCACUCGUUGCCGCGGCGAUGGCUGUCGUCGGCAUCUGCUUCCUUGUUGACGAGCUGCCGUGCGUAAUCGUUUCCGUGACAACCGGCGUCGGCCGCAUCCUCGCCCAUUUCUUUGCCUUCUUCCUUCUGCUCGGCGUCGCCUUUGUUGCGGCUCUGUUCGGCGGCGCCCCCUGGCGAGAGUCGGCGCGGCGGGCGGGCAGUGAUGCGCUGCGGCGGGUCGCUACAGCGGUGGUGGCGGACGGACGCAGCAUCGCAGCGCUGGCUGCUGCCGCCACGGCGGGCUGCGUGGAGAGCGCGCUGCAGGCGUUCGUCUUCUGGCGCAUGCGCGAGCUCGGCGGCACCGAGACGAGUAUGGGCGCUGUCGUCGCGGCGAUGCUGCUUGCGCAGUCACCCGCACUGUGUGUGGUGCGGCCGUUCGCGUGCGGUGUGCGCGGCGUGCGCGCGCUCGCGUUCGCUGUGGCGUGCCUCGGGGUCAAGGCUGCGUACCUCGCGACGCUGCGGACGCCAUGGGCAGCGGUCGCUGCAGAGCUGGCGUGGGUGCCCGCAUCGACGCUGUGGGUCGUCCUCGAGGAAUUCGCCGAUGAGGCGAAGAUGUCUGGACUAAAGAUAAAGGUGUUGCUGGUAUACCAGGCUGUUUACUGGGGCGUGGGAGGUGCUAUCGGCAGCGGGGUCGCUGGAUUGAUGUACGACUACUUAGGGUGGAGCACCCUUUGUGGAGCCAUGUCCGCUGUGGCUUUCACAGCUGCAGCUAUACUGUUGAUAUUGGAUAGGUACCUUCCUACGCGUAGAAAGCCAGACUAUGCAGCGCUGUUGCUAGGAUAUGAGAGCGGUGACGAGGAGGUGAGGCAGGACGGCGACGGAGCCGCCAUCGACUGGCUGAAGGCGGCGCUGCACGACGAAGACAUCGACAACAAGCGCAAGCUCGAGUCGGCGUUCAAGGUCGUGCCAGCAAUAUAGUUGAGAUGGAGAUCGAAUACGCAUGGCCCGUGAUGGAAGGGGUGGCUCGAUAGAGUGAAUACAUCAAGGAACUCUGAAGAAAAAGUGCCUACAGUUAAUUGACCACCUGCAUUGGAUGAUGUGGCUAGGUCAGUCAGGUUAUGCCAGUUUAUACGUUUGUCAUUGUCUCACGCAAAAUUGUCGACUUUGCAGCACUUACUAAACAAAGUUUUUAGAAUGCUCCCAUUGAAAUGUUGAUUGGCUAGAUUUACUAAUAAUAGCUUCAGGCAGAUUAGUGAAUUGGUGGACAUGAAAAACGGCGUACACCAGGAAAUCUGCACUACAUAUCUGAUAUGUAAAUGAAUUCCUACUUAUGGCCAAUAGUCGUUUAAGUUGAACUCUGGGCAACAUAUGAAUGUGAUUAAAUGCUGUGAAUAGAGAUUUCCAGCAAUGCCAAAGUGGUUUAUUCGGUUGAUUAGCACAAACACUAUUAGUUUGGCUGUAUUGAUUGCUAGCAUCAUAAACCUAUGUAUAUUGAGUCCUAACCUACUAGUCUUGAAGCCAUUUCCAUGGAUUUACAAAUCAUUCCUCAAUGAUAUCACGAUAAACUGGCAGUUGUUGUGGCAAUGCAUGUAUUAUUUGUGGAGUUUAAAUUAACUUAUUGUGUUUAUACAGCAGAAUAUGUGAUACGGUGUUAUAUUAUUUAUUUAAUAUGCCGGAAUACUAUGCUAUCUUCGUUUAUGUUGAGAUUUACCGUAUGAUUAUAAUGAACGUAGCGUAAAGAAAUACGUGUAUGACAUAAAUUAGCAUAAUAGAUGAAAUCUGUUCAAUUAAAACUAUAAAUUUCGUAUAUAUGCAUUUAUGUGGCUCGUUAAUAAAUGGUUAUGGGUUUUCAAUGCUUUGAAAUUGUUUCUGAAUGAUUGCACUGAUAACUAAUAGUAUGUGCAAAGGGUCAACAGCUGGACAGGAUCUACUGAUAAAAAUACAGAAGGCUAAGAAAAUCUAA